AGAAAAUGUUUUAAAACAUUGAAAUAUUGUUGAGAUCCAAGUUGAUUAAAAUGGAAAACACCAAAAUAGUUCAGUUAAAUUAAAUUAGACAAGUGGAAACACAGUGUUUAAAGCCAUGAGUACAUCUAAUUUUUUCAGGCUACAAAGGAAAGGGUGGGGAUGUGUUGGGGGUGGAGGGAAGGUACACUGGGAAUCUGAGUUUGCUGAUCUGACUAACGUUACAUAAACCUUCAUCAGUCACUGAUCUACUUUGGAAUCCCAGGGACGUCACACUCAAGUAUUGGUUCGGUUGAUAGGUGGGCUUCGCAGAUUUCCCAUAAACUGACAUGACAGACACAGACUGGAUAUUGGAAACUGGCUAAUUUUCUGGAAUUACAAAGUUUUGUACUCUGUUGACUUAGAAGAAAAAGCUGAUCCUUUGUUGAUAAUAGCUGUAGUUUCUUCCAAAAUCACCAAUGCAAGGUUAGUGGGGAGAAAUUCAAAGUGACAUGGUCAUUGCAAAUGUAAUUGGCAUAUAUAAUAAUUUCAGAACUAUUUCAAUAAAAGAGGUAAAGAAUGAAAAUCCUGCUUUUAAUUUUAUAAAGGAGGGAAAAUAAUAUAGUAAUACUUCACUAACUUUGUACACUUCAAAAACCGAUCUUGACAGUGAAUGUGCCUUUAGCUAAUGUCAUUUGGUUCAGUUGGUUACAUUCUUGCCUUAGUUGAAAGGUUACCAGUUCAAACCCCUCAAGAGAAUUUCACCACAUAAUCCUAAACCUGAUUAGCAAAAACAUUCUUGACAAGUGCAUUCACUUUUGUUUGUCCAAGACUUAACUUUAGCACACAAUAUCAAUGUCACGUUAAUUACAUUUGGUCUCAUAACCUUCCUGUGAACUGGCUUAGAAUUUCCACUAAGUUAAAGGCACUAAAAUAAAAACUAAUUAUUGUUGUAGUAUUCAAGGUCCAUUUUCAAAUCCAAUGCACUCCUGACACUGCCCAAAUAAUAUACAGUAUAUGAUUUAUUAAUAUUCAUUGUUCAACCUACUAAAAUCGGUCAAUAUCUCAGGGAAGAACAGUACAGAUGAUUAUUGACUGUUGUAUUUAGGUUCAGCUGGAAAGGUCAAACACAGUAAGUUUUAGAAAGUAGCAACAUUGAAGAGAAUUGUGUUCAGUUAAAAUUAUCCACAGCACUUGUAGUUCCAGCAAGUUAUCAGAUGCAUGUAAUUCACUUUCAAGUUAAAAAGAGAACUUGAAAAGAAACAUGCUAAAGAUCUUAAAUCAAAGAAAACACUAGAAAUUAUCAGGUCAAGCAGCACUUACAGAAAAAGUUCACAUUGGUGAACACUAUCUUGUUAAUUGUCUUUAAGCAUUGUUUAUUUUUAUAAUUACAUUUUCUUGUCUUGCACUGUACCACUGCCACAAAACAACAAAUUUCACAACAUUUGUCAGUGGUAAUAACUUGAUGUUGAUUCACCUCUGACAAAAAGGUCUCAAACUUAAAACACUGAAUUAGUUUCAACAUCCAUGGAUUCUGGCUGGCUUACUUGAUAUUUUUAACAUUUUAGCAAGUGAGAAAAUGAUUGGGUAGUAUUAUGACUAUCAUUCCAGAAUUCAUUUCAUAUUUCCACAAAUAGAGGCAUUUAUCUAUUACUGAAGCUUUCAGUGCCAUCCUUUUAAUGGGUCCAGUCAGAUUAACAAGUUCAAAUUAAUUAUUUAUCUAUAGGUAUAUACAAUCAAAUGACCAUGGUGCUUAUACAGUACAUAUCACACACAAGAUUGAAACAAAAUAUUACCAUAAAUAAGUUCAUCAAAGAUAUAAUUCAAAGUGCAUGUAGAGCGCAAAGGUAGACAAUAAACAACUCGCUGCCCUAGUGCCAAGAGCUCAGUUGUGGCAGGGAAUUUCAUUGGUCUCAUAAUGAAUACAAAUUGCUUCUUAUCCAAUGCACAUUUAAGAUUCCGCGAAGAAAAUUAGUUCACUGCCAUUUCUUCCCACCGUAACAACUCGACAUUUUUAAAGUGAUUUGACAGUGAACGAAAUACGUUUUGUGAUAUUACCAGACCUAAUGCAGUUUUCAUGGCAGUAAGUUGGACAAGGGAUGCUCCUUUAUUUAACGCCCGCUGCACCGAUCAUAACAAGUGAACCCAUUUAAAGAGGCACUGUGAGAGAAACAAGCUUACAUUUUAGGAUUUGACAUGCCCCCUCUGCCAACCGUCAGGUGAGCCAACGCCACGCUUCCCGCCCGUCCCGGGACCCCAAGCGCCACAGCACGGGCGUCCCGGAUGUGACGCUGCGCCGGCGCGAGCAUUCAAUCCAAAGGCGGUUGUUAACGGCACGGGGAGGCCGCGAGCUGUGCGCGCUGCCGCAGGCCGCUCGUGAGCGGGGACGCGCGUUUCUCCCAGGCCCUCGGGCGUACGCGAUGUCGUUCGUCCGUUCUAGCCGCCCGGUCCACCGGCAGCCAGCUGGCAAGAGCCGCAAGAAGGGGAAGCUGGCCCCCAAAAAGCAGUGGGACAGCACCAUCAAUGACUUGAGUGUUCACCGGGCCGACGCAGAAGAGCUGGCGCGGCGCCGCGAAGCUCGGGUGUCCCGGAACCGGGACGCCGCGCAGUGGGAGCUCCGGCAGCGGGCCGCGGCGAGCGGCGGGCAGAGGCGGCAGCGGCCGGCGAUGGCCGAGUUGUUGCUUGAGCAGUGGCGGCUGCGCGACGUGCUGGCUCGGUCCGACCGCGCUCUGGCCGUGCUGCGGGAUCCGUUCGGCGACGCCCCCCGGCUCCAGACCGGCUUCCCGAACGUCACCGUGGCCCCCGGCUGCGACCAGUUUCCUGCCGCACAGCUGAUAGCGCAGCAGGGCGAGCCGCCCACUCAGCUGUCGCUGCUCAGCGAGUCGGUGAUGGACUCGCAGGCUCUCAAUGAAGCUUCCUAUUGCAAAGAGCCGGAGGCAGACAAUUCACUGUCCGCACAGCACCAGGCCGGCGUUUACCCACUGGAACCGAAAACCCCCGAAUCCUUAAGGCGCCGGCCCCAGACUUCGCCCACCUGGACCCCAACUGGUGCCUCGGGUUUAAAUGCAACCGCAGCCAUCCAGAGAGUGAAGUCGAGGUUGGAAAGCAGAGCGGAGAGCGAUGCGGAUGCAAGUGACACAUCCCCAACACAAACCACGAGAGUAAUCCAUCAAGUACUUCAUCCUACUUCAAGAAACUCUCAAAACGGCAUAUCAAAGGGCAAAGCUUGCGAUGCAUCUACCGAAAGAUUAGAAAACAAGAGGCCUGAGAGCAGGCAAAUGAACCUGGAAGCGCUGCAGGAAAUGAUUGAGGGAAUUGACAAGGAGUUGGUAGAAUUGGACUGCCAAAAAGAAGGCGAGGUUACCAGCUGGUUGCCCAAGAACGGCCGCGGUUUGACAGGCUUCACAUUCUCAUUGGUAAGCUUGAUCAGCAGAUUGACCCAUUCUUUAAAAGUGUACAGAAUUCAGCAGAUGCAAGACAAAGAAAACCAUCAGCAACUUCUGGAAAAAGCCAAUAAUCAGCAAGCACUGAUUGAUGCAUUAACAUCAGAAUUUCUAACAGUACAGAAUAAAUUUGUUUCACUACAGGCUAACCUGCAGCAAUAUGUAAUCAAGACAGAUGAAGAGCUGCAAUCACUGAAACAAAUGUUGCGUAGGUCUCCAAAAGCAGAAACUAAUAAACCAAGACAACCCACAGCACAUCCAGUACAGCAGGAGAGUUUAUACAGUUGUGCUUGCUCUAAGAAUCAAGGGAAUGUUCAGUCAAGUGCUUUACCAAAUGAUGACGAGAGGCUUUUAAAAGGCCUGAACCAAAAGCAGCCCUGUGUUUAUUAUCAGUACAAAGGGAAUCAGUUGGAGAAUGCAAGGAAAGGUCACAGUUUACCUGAGCAUCCAUUUGGUCCUGCUGUGUUACUUUCUCCUCCAAGACAGAGGAAUAGCCAAAUAGGAACUGGAUCACAAACCACAAUUAACUUGUGUCAGGACUCCCCUCUGUCUAGCAGUGUAUGUAAAGAAUCAAAUAAUCCCUCACAGAUUCUUAAAGAAGCCUCGGGUGUUCCACAAGGGGAAACUGACAUUGUCAGACACUUAGCAGCACAGAACCAAGUGCCAGAUUGCCUGGGCCUUGCUCAACAACUGAAGAUUCAUGAGCCUAUCAGUGAGCAUAAGAACUUCAGUCUCACUUCAGCUGUUACCAGUUUGCCAUGCAUGCAAACCGGAACUGUUGAUGACACUGCAAAACACGAUCUGAGAAAAAUAGAAAACAAUAUAGAACCUGAAGACAGUCAAAAUUCUUCUAUGAAUAAUUGGCUGAAACAUGAAGCAAUGUUAGCUCAAAUUACAGAGCUACAGUUGCAGAAUUCUGCUCUCAAAGCCCAGCUUGGACAGUUCAAAACAGGUAAAUUAUCUGAGCCAGCACCACAAAUUGGAAAGAUUAUUCCCAGCACUUGUGAAAGUCUUCAGCAAAGGAUUGCUGAGCUCAACCAUCAGAGUGCUGAAGCACGUAGCAAACUUUUGCAUCUGAUUGAACAGCAAAGACAGAUUUUCUCUGAGUCAGUAUCGCCAGCCAUUUCUCCUAUACCACCUGAGGGUACGACAACAGGAACUGGCAGCAAAACAUUGGAAGUAUUGAUUCCACUGCCCAGUGAAUUGGACUUUUCUGUGGGUAGCACACCUUCCCCUGCCAGUACAAUUAAUAGAAAUAGAUCAGUAGAUAACACUAGUACAGCUAGUUCCAUUUAUCACUUCAAUAAAGGUGAUGGAAAUAAGACACCUAUUACUCAAGGAACAAAGCCAGAAAGAUUGAAAGAAGAAGGUUGGUUUGCACUGUCCACUCAUACCACCUGAUUGUAAGGAUGUAAAAUGUAUUGAUUUAUAUUUGUAUAUUUGAGAAACAAGAGUUACCAUAUUUGUAGAAUGAAGUGUUGCAGAUGCUGGAAAUCUGAAACAAAAUGCAUUUUGAGUGGUCAACACAAGAAUCACCAACUUACUCGAUUUGUUUCCCCAGAGAUUUCAGAUUUCUUAUUGCUUGAGCUUUUGUGGUUUUGCUCUGCCUUACUUUGAAUGAAAAUGGAUAAAAUGCAAAUUUGGUGAGCGUGGACAGUUAAAUUUUAUUUUCAAUUGUGCUGAUUGAUCUACAGAGACAAAAUACAGCCAUUAACGAAUCUACUGUAAUAGAAAGAAAUGAGUUAUGGCUUCCUUGUUUGCACUAGUCCUUUGAACUGACCAGUUUUCUAUUUGUUCUUAAGUUUAGGUUAUUCUCAAGCAGAAGUGAUAGGUAAUAAAUUGGUAAUCCAAUUACAUCCUUCCAUUACUUGUAAAUAAAUGUGAGAUGUAAAACAUGCUAAAUUACAAUUGUCUGGACUAAGGAGUUAUCAGUUUUUAAGAUAGAGAGCUUAUUUAAUAUUAUGUAUUUUGUUACAUUUUAUACCGAUGAAAUAGAUUACAGUAUGGUUUAUACUUGGUACAUAAUAAAACUUCCACAAUAUGA